AUCUGAAUCAUCUUGGAGUCAUUUUUGACUGCAACAGCCAUUCAUAAUGCCUAAAAACAUGGCAUUUCAACCUGUGAGACUAGCACUGUGCAUUGUGCUGCUACACCUGUUUCCAUCCUUUGCUGUUCUCCAGGACAUUGUUGAUGAGGCAGAAUACGAAGCAGAGGAGAAUGAUUAUGGGACGGAAAACACAAGCACUGUGCUUGACUGGCUAUAUGAUCUCGUAGGCACUGAAGAGGGAUGUGAUCCAAAUCCUUGUCAGAACAAUGGCGUCUGCGAAGCAGGAAGACGAAGAUACAAGUGUCAUUGCCCUGAACCAUUUUCAGGAAGGAACUGUCAUAAAAUAAAUUCUGCAUGCAAAAAGGCUAAAUGCGGAAAAGGAGAAUGUGUUAUCACUUCAACUCCACCAUAUUACCAUUGUAAAUGCAGAUUCCCUUUUCAGCCUCCAAACUGCAAAAAACCUGUAUCAGUAUGUCAACCAAACCCCUGUCAAAAUGGAGGAAGGUGCAUCAAGGAUAAAAAACACACAUUUUCAUGCGCUUGUCAGUCAUCAUUCAGGGGGGAGUUUUGUGAAAUCAGGAUGGAUGACUGUUAUGUGAACAAUGGAGAAACAUACAGAGGCAAAGUUAAUUAUGCAGAGGAUGGGUCUCCAUGCCUUCACUGGAACUCAUACCUAGUUUAUAGAGGAGAUUUUAAUACGUUUCGUGGUAUUGAAGAAAGUCUUGGAUCCCACAGAUAUUGCAGGAAUCCGGAUUCUGAAAUUAAACCCUGGUGUUUUGUAAAAAUUAACAAAAAGAAAGUGACGUGGAAAUAUUGUAACAUCAGACAGUGUGAACAAUCUCCAUCUAAAACUGCAGCUACAGUGCACCCAGAUACAAUUUUUUUGCCCUCUGAGGAACCUCCCAAAGUUCCACUGAAGAGACCAGCCACUGCAGCCCCCCCCAAGGAGUUUGCUAAAUGUGGCAUUCCAGAGUCCAGGACAGCUCAGCACAGGAUCUAUGGUGGAUUAAAGGCCACUCCUGGAGCACACCCAUGGCAGGCAUCCAUUCAAAGCAAGCAUCCAAACAACGUUGCUCGCCACUAUUGUGGGGGGAUCUUAAUCAAGCCUUGCUGGGUUUUAACUGCAGCGCACUGUGUGGUAGGAACUUCAUUCCGAGUGCAAGUUGUACUGGGGGGUCAAGAUUUACAAAAAAAUGAGCCUGAAGAUCAGACCUUUGACGUUGAGAAGUCCAUCGUUCAUGGAAACUACACCGAUAUAGGAGAAGCCGUGUAUAAUGAUAUUGCUUUGCUUAAACUGAAGCCAGUUGGUGGUCAGUGUGCCAAGGAGACGAGGUAUGUGAAGACUGCCUGCUUACCGGUCUCCCCGUUUGCUGAUGGCACAGAGUGCAGCAUUUCAGGAUGGGGAAAAACAGAAACAAAUGUCAUUUCCAACCAGCUUUUGGAUGCUCAAGUGUUACUGAUCCCUCAGGAGCAGUGUAAGGACAGAAAUGUGUAUGGGAGCUUAUUGGAUAACAGCAUGUUCUGUGCCGGGAACUUAGAGGGUGGGCCUGACUCCUGCCAGGGUGACUCCGGUGGACCAUUGACCUGCGAGAGAGAUGGGAAGCACUAUGUCUAUGGAAUAGUGAGCUGGGGAGACCAGUGUGGCCUGCAAAAUAAACCUGGAGUUUAUGCCAGAGUCACAAAAUUCGUUGACUGGAUCAAUUCAAAAGUGAAUUAGUUGCUGCACUCUCAGAUUACAGCUUCGUGUUCAAUUCU